AUGGGACAGGUCCGAUUGGUUGCCUUGGAGAUUAUUGAAGAUGCAAUAAAAGUCAAGGAGAUUGCAAACACAAUAAAGGGUGAUAUGGAGAUGAUUAUACACUUUUUGAACGAACCAGACCCAACAAUUAAAAAGAGAGCGGCUUUAAUACUCUGCGGUUUAUGUGAUUCCACAAACUGGGAUAUUGUGGUGCCAGAACUAGUCUCUACUCUGAGAUAUUCCGAGAUUUUUGUACAAGAGUACAUUGUACCCCUUGCAUGUAAGACGAUUGAUAACAUUCUUCCAAAGAAUGCGCUCUACAUUGAUCUAAUUUUCAAGAUUAUAAUAUACACGCCUCUCUUGCCAAAUGACUUUGUCUGCAUCCUUUUGCUUUCCGCACUGGAAAAGGAGAAUUCUCCAAAAUUCAGGGAGCAAGUGGUCGGCAAGUGCAUCGGUUAUCUCAUGGAUGCUGAUGUGGAAAUGAGUGAGAGUCUCCUAAGGACAUGCGCAUAUGUUUUGGGAGACUAUGGCCAUCUUUCUACCGAAUACACUCUGAAACAGCAGGUAAACUUUCUCGACAAGUACUUCCCGAUCGCUUCUUCCGAAUGCAAGGGUGUAAUGAUCACGAGUUACGGCAAGAUGAUUUCAUAUGAUAAUUCCCUACUCGGAGUUGUAGAGCCGAUAUUAGAGCUCUACGUGACAUCUACGGAUGUAAACUUGCAAAAUAGGGUCUGUGAAAUGUUAAAGCUAUUGAGAUUGGAUACUAGACUCUUUAGCAAAGUUUUUAGGCAUAAUAUACUUCCAAAGUACGAGAGGGAGAGUUUGAGCCCAAAACAAGUCUCACGUUCCGGUACACUAGAAGCUCCCAGAGAUCAUGAUUUGGAUAGAAGACCAAGCGGAACUGACUCGCGACAAAAGACAAUAUCCAGACAUAGUACACAUGGAUUAGAACAUAGGACUAGCGCUAUGCGCAGGGAGUCUGCACAUGGUCCUGAUGUACCCAGACGCAAUACGGCAGAGCCACAUGGUCAUUCCGAAGCAAGGGGAGAUGCUUCCCGCAUGGAUUCGCUUCGUACAGAUUCACUCCCUAGAGAGUCAUCCAGAGCAGGACCAAGACAUGCUCCUUACGGCGCAAGCACAACACCCGCAAUAACCUUGGCACCGUCCAUCAUCUUCUCAAAUCAUCACUGUAAAGUAAUCGUCGAACAGGCAUACAAGAACCAACAGGCAAAGCUAUUGGUUAGGAUAGAAAACACCUCUGGAUCUCCCAUUCAAAUUCACAAGGGAGCUCUAAAAUGCCCAGUUGAACUUUCUGGAAUGUUGCACAAUGCAAUAGAAGGUCCACUUAGUACUGGAGCUCAUGUUGGUCACAGACUCUCGUUUGUGCUCGUAAAUGACGUUGCUGUGCAACCACAGUAUACGUUGGAAUAUUCAUCCAUGGACGGACCAGCCAGGAUUACAUUUGAACUCCCAGUCAUGAUACACAAAUUUAUGAAGCCUUAUAAGCUGGAAGCUCCAGGGUUUACUGCCCUAUGGAAUAAACUCCAGGGAAAAACUGCUACAUUUGGAUAUAGUGGAAGACUCGAAACCCUAGCCAAGGGAAUCCAAGAUGGACUAAAUCUUUUUUGUGUACAGAAUAAGCCGGAUAGUGAACUAAAAACUUACACAUAUGGCCCUAAUGGCAACAAAGAUGUCCAGCUAGUGAGAACUGAAGAUCCUCCAAACUCUGGCUUUUAUAGGUUCAAGCAUACUUCGGCUACUGGAAAACCUUUUACUGUUGAUAAGGUUCAGUAUGGAGAAAAUGGUCAGACUGUUGAUGCAGGUGUAAACAACACUGAAAUUAGGCAUCUAUCAGUUUGGUACUGGAAAGAAGAUGGUUACCUGAGAAAGCCUCUUCUUAUAGAAGUAUGGAAAGAAAGUAGAGACUAUAUCUAUAGGUAUAACAAGGGAGGUGGUGGAUUUGGUUGGAAUGAACUUUCUGGAAAUCCUCGAGCAAGACCCCUUCAAGAUAAUGAUCUGGAGGCAAAACUUGAUCACCUUAACUGUAAUCUCAACCAGGCAGUUACAAUUACUCUGACUUUUGAGCAUUCUAGCCAUCUUUCUUAUGGUGCAUCAAAAGGUAAGAACAACUACUGCUGCGACUACCAUAAUCCUGGGGGUGAUGGUCGAGGAAAUAUCUCUGUUACCAAGGGGAUCGUUCCAGUUGCACCUAGAGUUGAAUACUACGAACACUCCAUUUCUGACGGCGGAUUGAAACUUGCAAAGAUUAAGUAUCAUAUUACCAAUGGUGAUGGACGAUGGAGGCGUAUAAAGUCUGAUAAUCUUGGUCUUCCUAUACAAGGCUAUGUUAGUAUCUACGUGUUUUAUUGUAGCAACAAUCCAGAGCUCAUUUACGUUGAUGGAAAUGGAAUUAACGGAACAAAUAGAUGGUACCAUAAGCCCACUGAUAGUAGUAGUAUUAGUGGAGAUGAACAGUGGACAGAAGUAAAUGACCUCAGUGGUAUAACACCAGAAAACAUUACAGACUGUACCAACUUUAACAAACUUAAAAAUGUACUGAGUUGUGCAAAAAAUGCAACAUGUACUCAUUCUCCUCAACCCUCACCUCAAGCUGCUAGUUCUGUUACUAGUCUAUCUACUGCUACUCCUUCUAGUGGUGGUCCUACUCAACAAGAUCUUAAUGGACCUGGUAAUAAUGCUGCUGGUCAAGAUGGUAGUGAAGUAGUUCCUAUUGUGGGAAGCAUACUUGGUACAUUACUCGGAGGAACACUUUAUGGAGCUAGUGAACUUGUUAACGAUGCAAAAACAUGGGGAAACUUGAUAGAGCUUGUGGUAAAAGGAUCAGGUAUAGCUGGUAUAGAGGCUAUAAAUGCAGAUCUUGAAGCUAUACCAAAGUCUGCUGACUCUAAAUCUGUCUCUGAUCCUCCUCAAGGCCUUAUAGAUGCUGGUAAAGCUGGUGCUUCUAGUCCACCUGGUAGUAAAGUUGGUGGACCUGAAGAAUCUCCUAUUGAAACUACUACUCCUGCUUCUCAACCUGUUAUUGCUGAACCUACUACUACACCUGCUGCUCUUUCUGGACUACCUCUCUUGCUCCUACUCAUUCUGCUAAACCAUCUGAAUCUCUUACUCAAGAUUCUCCUCCAAGCCCUUCUAAUUCUACUCAAGAUGAAUCAGAUUCUACUACUACUGUUCCAUCUCCUGAAGAACCUACUUCUAAUGAUGACAACUCUUCUAAAUGGAUUAAGGCUGGAAUUGCCGCUGUUGGUGACCCUACUAAUACUGUAG